AUGCAGAACAAUGUUUUUGUUGGUGUGAAACCGAAGUUAACUUCCUACCAAGAUAUGAUGAAUUCAAUGCACAAUUCUAAGGUAGAAAUAAUGGCAAAAAAUCAGGCAGAUUUGAACAAAUCUACGAAAUACGAUUACUUGUUACUACCAAUUACAAGCUCAAGGUAUAAAGAUAUUGUAGAUAAGACAGUAAAGGCAUAUCGUGCAGCCUCCAUCGGUGAUUCGGAACACUCUAAAAAUAUCUCUCCUAAGUCUCUAACGAUUCCAAAACCACAACUGCAAGAUAUAUGUAUACCACCUUUCCAUGACAAUGGGAAUAAGAGCUCAUUCUCAUUCAUUGGUUUAUUAUCAUCCUGGCUUGAGCUAGAAGACGGAACUCCUUUGAAUAGAGAAAUUAGUUUUCAGGUAUUACUAAACGAAUGUAAAUAUGCUCGUUUUGCCGGUAUCGAAAAGUUAAUUCUGGCACCACCUCGUAAUUUGAAAACAAUACAAAGCUAUUCACAAAUAAUAUCUAGGCUGCUGAAUACGAGGGAAAUUACAAAUGUUCCUCCUUUGGUAUUAUCGAUAUCACUUCCUUUAUAUGAGGAUAGCGAUUCUUUGGCAGCCUGGGAGUUGUGGAACACCAUUAGGAAAAUAUGUAAUUAUCAUAAAUCGUUGACUGUUUCCUUAGCUCUUCCAAAGAUAAAAACGCCGACACACGUUUUGAGUCGUUGGCUUAGUGAACCAGUUUCUUGUUUACUCAUUUCCUCUUCAGUUUUCGCCACUAACCAAUAUGAAUACCCAGUAUUACAUAAGUACAACCAGAACAUUAUCAAAAAGUUUCAGGAAAUUAAUGGAAAUUCUCAGACUAUAUCAGGUGAACUUGUCAUAAUCCUCCAUAGUCUAGAUAAAAGUGGUGACCAAAUUAAAAUGGAAGAAAGCGUUUACGUCGAUUACAUUAACUAUCUCUUAAAAAGAAACGAUACUUUGUUAAUAACUAAAAAUAAGGACCAUAACGAUGUUCUUUCACAGCCUAGCCUUAUGCCACCCUUACAACCACAUAAAGAGACCUUAAGUAACUCCAUUUACUCAGUUUUUGAAAACGAUACGGUUAAAUAUGAUCUCUAUGAGCAAUCUAUAGAUGAAGCAAUGCUAGACCUAAUAGGAAAUAAUACAAUGGACAAGAACUUAAUCGUAUUGAUAGCCGGUGCAGGUCGUGGGCCUUUGGUAAACAAGGUCUUUCUGAUUGCAAAACGACAUGGUAUCUUGUCGCAUAUUCAAAUCAUUGCAUUGGAAAAGAAUCCUCAGGCCUAUCUGUACCUGCAAAAACGUAAUUUUGAUAAAUGGGAAAAUAAAGUGGAUUUGGUAUUGGAAGAUAUGCGCUUUUGGUCAGACUCCUCGAUAAAAGUAGACUUAUGCAUCAGCGAACUACUUGGAUCUUUUGGUUGCAAUGAACUUUCGCCUGAAUGCCUGUGGAAUAUUGAGAAGUGCCAUUCCAAGGAGUCGACAAUAUUUAUUCCUCAAUCAUAUUCAUCUUACAUAGCUCCAAUAUCUUCACCAAUCUUAUAUCAGUCCUUAGCGACAAAAGAAUCUGGUUUAGAAUCUCCAUGGGUUGCUCACAAUAUACCGUACACUUUUCUGUCUUCAAAAGUGAAUCAACUUUGGACUUUUAAGCAUCCAGCGCGCCCAAAUACUAUAGAAAAUGAGAUCUCAAACUUUUCGAGGAAUAUGACGACUGAAUUCAAAAUAAAACACAGAGGAGACAUACAUGCAUUGAUGGGAUUUUUCUCAGCUGAAUUAUAUAAAGGAAGCAAAAUAUCUAUUGUACCGAAUGAGCUUCCUAUUAAGUUUCUGUCACAAGACGAUUCAGAGCCUAACAUCCAGAAAACGCAUGGAAUGUACUCGUGGUCCCCCAUUGUUUUUCCAUUAGCCUACCCGUUCUCCGUAUCUGAUAACACUGAAAUAACUGUCUUAUUUUCCAGAGUACAUUCGUUUGAAAAGGUAUGGUACGAAUGGUCGCUUGAGAGCUUUGUAUACGUCAUAAUAUCAGACAACUCUUCCACGAAAUUAAAAUAUCAAGAAUCACUUUCUCCAAAGCAAAACAAUACAGAAGACGAAUUUAGUUCUACAACUACUAGCAACUUCCUUCCAGUGUUUGAAAACGGUUGGCAAAGCGUCAGUGAGCUAUAUCAAUCAGUAGCACCCAAUGCAGCUGCCUCACCGAUAUUUAAUUUAGAUUCUGCUCAGCAAUACUCGCCACGUCUCGAAGAAAUACCUGAGGUACAUGCAAAAAUCAGAACAGGCGUUUCAAAAUUGCACAACGUCAACGGCCUAGCUUUCCAUAUGCCCUUGUGA